AUGGAGCGAAUGCAGAGGAUUAUUGUUUCCGCUCCAGCUCUCUUCUCUCUCUAGAGCUCCAUUGAGGGACUUGGAAUUCAUUCACAGACACACUCUCUCUCUCUCUAGCUCGGCUGGGCUGAUUACCCUCUCUCUUCUCCCUCCCUCCCUCCCUUCCUCCCUCUUGCUGGGGGUUCUCUUCGUCUCAUAUAGUAAUCGAAGAUGUUCCAUUCCGAGUCAACUCGGACUCGCCUGAGCUCCCCUGAAGACGACCGAAGCUACUGCCUUUUCCUCGAAUGAGCCCACAGCUCCGAGUUAGCGCCCGAGCUCUGACCCCCGAUCUUCGAGCCCAUCCCUCUCUCUGCCCAGGUCUCCGAUUGUUUCCCGAUUCUCGCUCUUCUUCUUCCCCCGUUGUUCUUCUCUUUCGCCUGAAUUGUCUUAUUCUGAGCCACAACCUCUGCGGCUCAUUUCUCCGCUUCGCUUCUGUGUUUCUGGGCUGAAUUAGGGUUUGUAUUUGUCCUCAAUGUCUUCGAUUUUUGCGACCUGACGUAUUCGGAUCUGUGAUUUUCUCUAAUUGGCACAAAAGGGGUUUUUUUUUUUAUGGAAUUAGGUUUGGGGAAUUUGCUUCAUGAAGGUGCAAUUUUGGCAUCGGAGUAUGCUUAAUUCGUGAGGGCAGAAGAGGCUUUAGAGAUCUAGGGUUGUUCUCUUCUAUUCUGCUGAGUGUUCGAUAGUUUUGCGGCCUGAAUUCCUUGAUUGUUGAAUAAAGCUCUCUGCUUUUUGGCUCGGUUGAUGAUAGAGGGAGGACGCUUGAUCUGAGGUUUGUUCAAUCCUUGAGGAAAUAUAGUUUCUGAUGGCGGAGGAGACGUCCAAUGCAAUGAACCUUGACUUGAAUUUGGGCCCGAGCCCAAGUCCUGAGCCAGGGUCAGGAUCUGUGCCUGUUGAGGCCCCAAGUUUGGAUGACUGGAUGGAUGAACCCAUACGUAGGCUUAGGGAUGCUGCUCGACACAGGGCCCGCCAACGAUGGAGAUGGAGGCAGCUCCAAAAUCCGCCAGGGGCUCCUAGCUUCCCCAUGGACUUGAAUGAACUGAUGGUGAACCCUGCUAAUGGGACAGCGUUACAAGCUGGUGAGGGUAGUGCUGCUGCAGGAGAGAGAGCUGAUGAGAUACCAAAAUCAUGCGAGAAUAAUACAGGUUUUGCAGAAAAUGCGGAGGCAGAUAAGAAGGAUGAUGGUGAGAAGGGUGGUGGGAGUGAUGGGAGCUUCUUUGACUGUAAUAUUUGUUUGGACUUGGCUAGAGACCCGGUCGUAACCUGUUGUGGCCACUUGUUUUGCUGGCCAUGCCUUUAUCGAUGGUUGCAUCUUCAUCCGGAUGUGAAGGAAUGCCCAGUGUGCAAGGGGGAGGUGACGGUUAAGAAUGUGACCCCGAUAUAUGGUCGUGGGAACCAUGGCCGUGAACCUGAAGAUGAUUCAGGUCUCAAGAUCCCUCUUAGGCCCCAUGCACGCCGUGUUGAAAGCUUGAGGCAGACUAUUCAGAGAACCACCUUUAACAUCCCCAUGGAAGAGAUGAUUCGGCGCCUUGGGAGUAGAUUUGAGUUGACCGGGAAUCUGAUUCCACCACCAGAACCUGAUUCUACACGUGAAACGGUAACGAGGACUAGUUCCCUGCUUGAUAGGUUCUUGCUGACUCGUGGAAUGCGUAACAGAGACCAAAAUCCUGUCUUGGCUCCAGAUGAUCCAGUUGAUUUGGCACAAAGUGGUGCCACUAGCCUUGAGGGCAGUGAAAACCGUCGGCUCCAUUCUAUCUUACUUAGAAGAUCACAAUCUCACAGAAACGCGCUUUCUUCGCUCUCGUCUGCGCUCACUGCUGAGAGAUUGGUAGAGGCAUAUUUUCGUAAUCAUAAUUUAGGAAGGAAUCAGGAGCAGCCUCCUCCAGUUGAUGAUAGGGAUUCCUUCUCAAGCAUUGCGGCUGUCAUAAAUCCUGAGAGUCAAGUGGACACUGCCAUGGAGAUUGAUUCUUUGGUGUCCCUUUCGACAUCAUCUUCCAGGCGAAGGAGCGACGCAUCAAGGGUUUCAGAUUUGGAUAGUGGGGAUUCUCGUGCACCCAGGAGGAGGCGGUUAAAUUAAAUGCUGUUCAUCUUGCUAUAGUUGACUCCUGGGCAUCUGAGAGUUUUGUUCUCCAUAACCAAAAGGAACCUGGAGCUGCAAGUCAUAGAAGGCCGGGUCCGAGUUAGCAUUCCAAGACCCCUGCAGGGCUGAUUCGAUCUUCAUUAUGUAAAACUCCCGCUGUGUUUCAUACCGAUAUCUUCUCUAAUUUGGUGUAAUUUCGUAGCAAGUAAAAAUUUAUCUAUAUGAAGUCAGAAUCAGGAACAGAUUUUCUCAUGUAGUUCUUCUGAAAGUUGGGAAAUAAUUAAUCACCCUCUUAUAUAUGUAUGUACUCGUCCUGUGUA